AUGGAUGAUGCUGUGCCGACCACGAGUAAGGCAGGCGCGGAAAUUACAUCGCCGUCGCCCCCAAGGAAACGAAAACAACUCAGUUUGGGGCAUUUGUCUCUGGCAGAAAAGCAAGCAAUAUUGAAUUUGUACAAGAAAAGCCUAGAUGAUGAACCUACUCUUAAAACUGUCCAACUUGUAUCCAAAAUAGCGAUGACAUUAGGUGUUGCAAAAUCAACAGUAUAUCGAGCCAUAAAACAGUAUAAAUCUACUGGAAGGGUGUCUACUUCCAAACACUGUGGUGGAAGACCUGGGAUUGUUACAUGUUUGGAUGAAGCAAUGAAGAAUUCCAUAAGGCGUAUAGUACACAGCUUUUUCUUUAAAAAUGAGAUCCCCACUUUGGACAAAAUAUUAACCGAAAUAAAAAGUCGUCAGGAUUUGCCACAGAUGUCCCGUUCAUCAUUAUACAAAUUUAUGAAACAAAUUAAUUUCAAAUACUUAAAACGAAGUCGUAAAAGUGUGUUGAUAGAAC